AUGAAGGCUUUCAAGACAUACUUCGCGCCCGACCAGGCGUCGGGCCAAACCGAGGCCGAACCGUCGAAGCCGACUACUUUGCAACCGAUUGCACCGCAGCCGAAGCCGCAGGCGGCCGAGAGACCGGCUCCUUACCGGACACACAGCGCCAGAACAUCCGCUCGACAGUCGACAGUGAGCUUGGCGCUCACUGCCGGUAUGAGGGACAAGCAUGCUAGCAGUAUCAUCGACCUCAGGGCAGAUGUCACUGUCCACAGCAUCUACCAGGACCAGCUCAGGAAGAUGUACGCUUCGGCGUGGAACUUGGGUGAGGGUGUUGUUCUCAAGAAGGGUCGGAACGAUUAUGUCUGCGCUCCUCCUCAGCUAUCCACUGUACCCAAUGGUUUCUUCGAUAUGGUCACCCAGCUGAAUGUCAGCUGUGCCAUGACCGUCAACACACCUGUUAUCCAGUCCAUCAUUCACGGACUCCUGAACAGCGGCGAACCCUUGAACUCAAUUCCUCUCGCUGGAGGCUUACAGCUUCAAGUCCUCCAGAGGAUGACCGAUCUGCCCAGAUGUCAGAAGCAUCACUUUGCAGCCUUCGUUCUCGACCCUCCCCUGCUCACCGUCUGGGAUGAUGAUGCCAACAGACUGCAUGCCCGCGCAGAGAGCCUGGAGCACAUGAUCAUCUCCUACAUCUGGCGUAACGAGGGAGGUGAUGAGGAGGAUGGCGACGAGAAGAACGAGAAGCAGGCCGGCGUCAACGUUGAGGAACUCUCGCCUGCCGCGCUUGAGGAAGCCCUCAAGGCUGAGGUCAGACCAGUCCGACUCACCAGUUCUAUCAUGGUUUCGGCGGCGCUUUGCUUGUCUGUGGCGUGCUUGGGUCUCGGUUACCGUAAUCUGGCUCUGGAGUCCACCAUCGACGGCAGCUACACGCGCUGGGCACUCCUGGCCGUUACCCCGCUUACGCUUUUCAUCAGUCUCUUCUUCUUCUUGUCUAUUUCCGGAAAUAUCUUCCAGAUCCUCGGUCCCAUCUCGUCGGUUCACGCAAACUCCAAGAACUACUCUGGUAAGGCGCCGCGUCGCCUUGGCCCUCACCGUGGCGAGCUUCCCCACGUCACCAUCCAGAUGCCCGUCUAUAAGGAGGGCCUGAACGCUGUCAUCAAGCCCACGGUUCUCUCUCUCAAGACUGCUAUCUCCACCUACGAGAUGCAGGGUGGCUCUGCCAGCAUCUUUGUCAACGACGACGGUAUGCAGCUCAUCAGCGAGGACGAAGCCUCGGCCCGUAGGGAGUUCUAUGAGGAGCACAACAUGGGAUGGGUUGCUCGCCCCGGCCACAACCCCAAGCCUUCAGACCCCACCGUUCAGCCUUUCAUCCGCAGAGGCAGAUUCAAGAAGGCCUCCAACAUGAACUACGCCCUGAUGACUAGCAACAGGGUUGAGGAGAAGCUCAAGCAGAUCAACCGCGGAAGCAGAUGGAGCCAGGAUAGUGAGGAUCAAGCCUACGAGCAAGCUCUUGCUGAGGUUCUCGAGGAGUCUGAGGGCCGAACGUGGGCUGAGGGCAACAUCCGCAUGGGUGACUACAUCCUUCUUAUCGACUCUGACACCCGUGUUCCCCGCGACUGCUUUUUGGAUGCCGUUAGCGAGAUGGAGGCUUCUCCCGAGGUUGCCAUCAUUCAGUACACCUCCGGUGUCAUGCAGGUUUCCGACUCUUUCUUCGAGAAGGCUGUCACAUGGUUCACGCAGAUGAUUUACACUAUGAUUACCUUUGCCGUCGCCAACGGUGAUAUCUCGCCCUUCGUCGGUCACAACGCUAUCCUCCGCUGGUCUGCUCUCCAAGAUGCUGCUUCCUACAUGGAGGAUGGCUACGAGAAGUUCUGGUCUGAGUCUCACGUCUCCGAGGAUUUCGAUAUGGCUUUGCGUCUGCAGACUUCCGGUUACUCUAUCCGUUAUGGUGCCUACACCGGUGAUGGCUUCAAGGAGGGUGUCUCCCUCACUGUCUACGACGAGUUGGCCCGCUGGGAGAAGUACGCCUACGGAUGCAACGAGCUGCUGUUCCACCCCUUCCGUUUCUGGCUUACUCGUGGCCCCUUCACGCCCCUCUUCAGACGGUUUGUCUUCUCCAACAUCGCCUUUUACAGGAAAGUUACGAUUCUGUCCUACAUCGGCACCUACUACGCUAUCGGAGCAUCAUGGAUCCUUACCUUGAUGAACUACUUCCUGACUGGAUGGUUCUUUGGUUACUACGACAAGUACUACCUCGAUUCGUUCGCUAUCUUCUUCUCCAUCAUCGUCGUCUUCCCUCUCGCUGGAAACGUUGCCUUGGCUGUGCUCAGGUACAGACUUGGCCAGAAGUCUCUCCUUGGAGCCCUCUGGGACAACUUCAAGUGGAUGCCUGUGUUCACCAUCUUCCUGGGCGGCAUUUCGCUCCACGUCUCCAAGGCUUUGCUCUGCCAUUUCUUCGAGAUUGACAUCCAGUGGGGCGCCACUUCCAAGGAAGUCGAGAACUGCAACUUCAUGGAGGAGAUCCCCAAGAUCAUCAAGAGCUUCGCGGGCACGUUCAUCUUCACAGCUCUGGGAAUCGCUCUCAUCGUCUGCGGAUACUACGUCUUCCCCGUCCAGUGGCAGAUUCGCUACUUUGCGACCAUCUUCCCCGUGGCUAUCUCCAUCACUUCGCACUUCUGCCUUCCGGUACUCCUCAACCCCGCUUUGAUGAAGUUCACCUUCUAA